AUGCAACUCCGCGCCGCGGAGCGCGAGGGACGCAUCCGCGCGGAGCAAGCGCUGCGCGAGGCGACACUGCGGUGCGACGUCCUCGACGCGCGCGGCGGGCUCGGCCCGCCGAUCGCGACGGUGCACUCGUGCUUCUCGCGACGGAACGGGACGCCGCGGCAGGGCGGCGCGCUCGUGCCGUCCGCGCGAUGCGUCGUCGCGCUGGAACCGCACCUGCCGAGAGACCUCCUCGCGGGCUUGGAGGAGUACUCGCACGUGUGGGUGAUUUACGUGGAUUCGAAGAAGAAGUCGCGUCGAACGAACCGGAACCGCCGCCGUCACGGGCACAACGUAAAGGCGAAGGUGCGCGUUCCGCGGCUGAACGGCGAGCCCGUCGGCGCGCUCGCGACGCGCACGCCGCACCGCCCGCUGCCCGUCGGCCUCUCCAUCGCGCGGGUGAUCGCCGUGGACGUGGACGCCAAGACGCUCACGCUCGGCGGCGCGGAUCUCGUGGACGGCACGCCCGUGCUGGACGUG